CCCAUUCCUAAAUUUGUCGGAUAAAUUCUAAAAAGUUCUGCUAUUCCCAGAUUUUGUUCCGAUUAGAGAAUCGAGAACACAUAUUUUACGUUUCGGUAUCUUUACCGAUCGAUAUAUCUGCUCGCAGUUACUUCCGCAUCUUCUUUGAUUCCUCGAGUAGUAUUGCACAGUUAAACCAAUUACAAAGUCAGAUGUAAUUCGACCGGAACUAAGAAUUAGCAUUCAAAACACUUGCAGCAAUCAGCUGAUUGGUCAUGAACUACUCUCAGAAUGCUGCGGCAAUCGGCGGUGCUGGUGGCAACGGAACGAUGCUCUCCAUGUCCAAUGUCGCCUCACCGGCGGACUCGUCUGCGUCCGCUACCACCGGCUCACCGGCGGACGAUUCCAAACAGAACCUUAACCAAGUCAUCAAUUCUAUACAGAAAACCCUCGGGAUGCUCCACCAGCUGUAUCUUACUGUGUCCUCCUUCAAUGUUGCCUCCCAGCUUCCCUUUCUCCAGCGCAUGAAUGCUCUUGUUUUGGAGCUUGAUAAUAUGACGAAAUUGGCAGAGAAAUGUGAUAUUCAGGUGCCUAUGGAGGUUUUAGAUUUAAUUGACAAUGGGAGGAAUCCAGAUGAAUUCACUAGGGAUGUUUUGAAUAGUUGCAUCGCCAAAAACCAGAUUACCAAAGGAAAAACGGAUGCUUUCAAGGGUUUGCGAAAGCAUCUCUUGGAUGAACUUGAAGAGGCAUUCCCUGAUGAAGUGGAGGCUUAUAGGACAAUGCGUGCAACUUCUGCUGCAGAAGCAAAACAGUUGGCUCAAGCGCAAAAUGCAUUAGCAAAUGGUGAUGUCAAGGUGAAGCCAGAAAUUUAAAGCCUCAAGGUUUGACUUAUUCUGGCUUUGGCUCGGGACUUGCAUGGUCUCUCAUCCCACUUGUUUGGAUCAUUUAAAAGUUGGCAGCAUGAUGAAACAGCUUUGGCAAGUUCAUUCCGGAUGUUCUGGGGAAUCAUGUUUGGAUCGUAAGACUAUUAUGCCAAAAAACAGGACAGAUCCUUGUUAAUUAGUGUACGUGUGCAUUGACAUUGUUGUAUUGUCAUCAUUAUGAUUAAACUAUGAAGUGUUCUCUUGUGCAUUUUACUGGGCGGAAAGUGUG